AUGUCGUCUAGCACUAUCUCGAACGACUUCCCGGAACUCGGCGGCGCCCCCAGGGCUGUGGCCAACGUGGCCCCCGUCUGGCUGGCGCGGACUCCCGAGGCCUCUGCACCUACUUCUGCACCGGCCUCGGGGACCACCACGCCGGCCCCCGAGGCAUCGGCCGCCCCGAGCCUCUCCAUUCCGGGCCAACACAAGGAAUACCUUCUCUUGAAGCCGGACGACAUCCUCCCUCGCGAGCAAUUGAAGCGGCCGCUUCCCGACAUCAUCAAGGACUUCAACCGCAAGUCCCGAGCCCAAAUCAAGCUCGUCCCUCACACCGAUAACAUGCUCAGGAUUGAGGCAACCGGGCCCAAGGGCGACAGCACGACUCAGUCGCUGAAGGACUUUGUUGCCCUGAUCGGCGCCAAGUUGAAGUUGGAGCUGGACGUUCAUCGCUGGGCGAGACCCCAUAUCAUUGGCAAGGGUGGGUCUACCAUCAAGGCCAUCCAAGAAAAGACAGGCGCUCGGAUUCAUGUGCCCAAGGAAGAUGGUCAGUCGGCCCCCGAGGGCGAGGACGAUGAGGAGCUCAUCAAGGUCGUUGUUGAGGGCAACACCCAACAGGCUGCCCAUGCCCGGAAUCUCAUCUACGAGAUCAUGGGUGAGCGUGCUGGGACCGUCACCACCACUUUGAAGGAUAUCCCGGCUGAAUUCUACCCCUUCAUUGGUGGCGCGAACAACAGCAACGUCAAGGCGCUCGAGCAGGAAUAUGAUAUUCAAAUCCGCAUUCCUUCCGCCCAGCCUUUUUCGUCCACGCCGCCCGUUGCGGUUUCUUCGGGGCGCCCCACGUUCCAUGCCGCGGCUGACAAUUUCAUCCAGCUGCGCGGCGAGCGAUAUGCUGCGAAAGCUGCGCGGUCGAAGAUCGAGGAGAGGGUCCAGCAGCUCCGGGACCAACUGACGGUCCAACUGGUUCAUAUCCAACCCGGCCGUCACCAGUUCAUCAUCGGAGAGAAGGGCAUCUCGAUGGAGCAGUUCUUCGAGGAGACCGGAUGCACUAUCGUAAUGCCGAAUGACGAAGACGAUGACAUGGUCAAAGUCAUUGGGCCCUCCAACCAGGCCGCGGCCGGCGUGCAAAAGACCGUUAGCCUCGCCAUGGACAUGCAGUGCUCCAACAUUGACAUCUCGCGCUUCUACCGCCAAGCCCCCGGCGGCGCUGCCGUCCACGCUCGCAAUGUCACACGCUAUCUCCAGCAGAAGCGGGAGCUUGAACGGGUGGGCAACUUGCAUAACGUGCAUUUCAACACCCCGUUCUCCGAGCAAGGCGCUUUGCCAUGGGAACUCUACGCUCGCGAUGGCGCGAACAUUGUCAGAGCUCAGGCCGACAUCAAGGCCAUGGUUGAUGGCCACCCCCCGGCACGGAUGACUACCGUCACUGUCGAUCCUUUUUACCAUCAAUACAUCAGGAAGGAGCUGCUGCCCCACGUGCGACAGACCUUCGGUGUCCACCUCGUCGUCCCCGAGGCUUCGGAGCCGAAUGCUUCGGUCUUGUUGGUGUACGAAGGCUCUUCGGAUCCCGAGUCCUAUCAGAUCGCGCGGGCUCAGCCGGGACAAAAAGACAUCAGUGAGAUGCAGAAGGGGCUCCAAGGCGCCCAAAAACAUAUUACCGAUUUGAUGAAACAGCGGGAACCUAUCUCUUCCCAAACCAUAGAGGUCCCAGUAAAAUUUCAUACCAAGCUUCAAAAGUUCAUCAAGAACGAGCAAGACGGUGCCUCCAACCCAAUCCGCGCGCGCGUGUCCAACAGCGGCGAGUCCGUUCAUAUCCGCGGCCCCACCUCUGUCGUAGACUGGCUUGUCGCCAAGUGUCUCGAGUUCGUUGAACAAGAGAAGCAGGACGAGAAGGAGCGUGGAUUUAUCCUUGAGUUCGAGUUCCCUCAAAAGUUCGCCAACCACUUGAUCGGCAAGGGUGGCAGUAACAUUCGGGAGCUGAGGGAGAAGUUUGACGUCGAGAUCCAGGUGGAUGAUGGGAAGGUCCAACUCAAGGGCCCCAAGGCCAAAGCGGAGGUCGCAAAGACGCACAUCAAUGCUCUUGCACGCCAGCUGCAGGAUGAGGCGACGCAUGUGCUCAAGAUUGACCCCAAGUUCCACCGCGAGAUUAUUGGUGCUCAGGGGAACCAGGUCAACAAGCUGCAAACACGUUACAAGGUCCUCAUCUUCUUCCCUCGUAGCAACACCAAGAACGCCAAGGACGACGAUUCUCUCGGCGACUCGGCCAGCGAUGCCGGGAAGAGCCGCCGUCAGCAGGCGGCCGACGAGGUCAUCAUUCGCGGGCCGAAGCGGGGUGCCGACGAAGCUCGUGACGAGUUGUUGUCGCUCCUGCAGUACCUCAAGGACAACUCGUUUACCGCCACCGUAACGGUCCAGAAGAAGCAAGUGCCUUCUCUGAUCGGUGCCGGCGGUGCCGUCUUGGAGCAGCUGCGCCAGUCGACGGGCGCCAAGAUUGACGUACCCAGCGCGAAGGAAUCUACCGAAGACCUGGCAGAGAUCCAGAUCAAAGGCACCAAGACCCAGGUAGCAGCAGCCAAGAAGAUCCUGGAGGAGAAGAAAGCCAUCUUCGAUGACACCGUAGUCAAGAAGAUUGAGGUCCCCCGGAAAUACCACAGGACCCUCAUCGGCACUGGUGGUUCUACCCUCCGCGACAUUGUUGUCAAGGCCGGGGGUUCUAGCGACCAGCGAGAGCUGGCCCGCACCAUCCAAUUCCCCAAGCAGGACGCUGACGGCGAUGCCAUCAAAGUCGAGGGUCGCAGUGAAGUCGUGGACAAGAUCGUGGCUCACAUCGAGGCCAUUGUGGCAGAGCGCGAGAGCCAGGUCACCGAGGAGCUAGAUGUGCCUGUCGAGAAGCACAGGUCCAUUGUCGGACGCGGUGGCGAGACGAAGCGGAAUAUCGAGACCCAGUUCAAGGUCUCCAUCGACGUUCCUCGCCAAGGUAGCGGCACCACGAGCGUCAAAAUCACCGGCCAGCCGGCCGAUGUGGAGAAGGCCAAGGCUCAUGUCGAGGACAUGGUCAAGGAGCUGCCAGGCGAGACCGUCCAAGUCCCCCGGGCUUUGCACCACGUCGUCUCCAACAACGGCCAGAUCUUCCGAAAGUUCAGGAGCGACUUCAGCGUGACAGUCGACCAUGCUGGCGAAACUGUUCCCGCCAAGCCCACGGCCCCGAAGAGUGCUCGUGCGAAUGGCGACUCGCUUCCCUUGAUCACUGAUGACGACGAUACCACCGCCGACGCUCACUCUUGGCAGGUGGUGGAGCAGGCAUCCACCGAGGAGGGUGAUAUCCCGUGGGUUCUCCGCGGUUCGCCCGAGAAUAUCGAGAAAGCCAAGAAGGCUAUCCAGUCGGCGCUUGAUCAGGCGAGCAAUCAGACCGCCACCGGCUACCUGGUUCUUCCCGACCCCAGGACGUACCGUUUUGUCAUUGGCCAGGGCGGCAGCAAGGUCAACUCGAUUCGGAAGCAGAGCGGGUGCAAGAUCACGGUUCCUCGUGACCAAACGCAGGGCGAUGCUAUCGAGGUCGUCGGUACCAAGGAGGGCGUGGAGAAAGCAAAGGAUUUGAUCCUGGCCGCUGUGAAGGAGGGCAGCGCCCCGAGACUGCCGCGCGAGUAG